AUGAUUUCUGCGGUAGCAGCAUCGGAAGGUCUCAUCGUCUUCUACAUGACUGACGGUACGUAUAUCGUCACAGACACUGUGCAGAUUUUAUCUGUUGCAAAAGCGGUCGGCGAAUGCUGUUCUCAAAUUCUGGCGAGCGGCGACAAGUUCAAGGAUAUGAAGAAUUCACAUGUCGUGGUUCGAGUAGACUCUGACGGCGGAGAGACCGGAACAGUCGAAAUUCAGGACCUCUUGUUUACCGUUCGAGGAGCUACUGCUGGUGCGGUCUUAGUCGAAUGGAACAUGCACAGCUCCUCUCCUGGAGCUGCUGCCAUGUGGGACAUUCAUUUCCGAGUCGGAGGCGCUGUGGGAUCUGAGCUGCAGAAGGGCGACUGUCCGACAGCUUCCUAG